UUUGCACUCUAAUUCCUGCCAAGCACAUCUCAAAUCACCGACAGCUGCAGUCCGGCAAACACGCCCGAUGCUGGCCAAUCUUGGUCCACCCCCACGGUGAUCGAGGCGCCACUGCAGCGAUGAUCGACCACUCGGCGCCAACCCCAGACAUCCCGGCAUCCCGGCUUCUCGUUCACUUACACAGACCAACAUCACGAUCAACAUGGCCCGGAGCAGAGUUGGGACGGGCUUGAGGUGUUUAUCUUGCGCCUUGGCCCCAGCUUCCGAGGCGUUGUUCAACCUUUUUCGUCAUACCGACUCUCUCUCUCUCUAGGCGGCCCGAUACAUACGGAGACAGUAAAGAACACUCGGCGAGGAUGCCAAACCGAACUCUCCGUCAACCAGAGGGUGCAGUACCGCCGGCGGCGUUCCUCUUCCACUCGGCCUGGCCCCCAACCUCGGAAUUCCACAUUCGAGGGUCGUUGAUGCACCGCCAGACGGACGGGACCACUUGCGGCGCCGACGAAACGACAUGUCCUCAAGGUGGCUGGUGUUGCGGCGCUGGUGAGACAUGUUCUAUCGACAACGGAGCCUUCUUUUGCUGCCCUGCAGGCGCGGGUGCUGGCUGCGCGCGGGUUUGCGCAGUUGGCGACUUCCAAUGCGGUUCUAUUUGCUGUGCAAACGGGCAGACGUGUAUGGGGGCCGAUACGCUGUCGCCGUUUUGCGUCAUUCCGGAGCCAAGUUCGGUUGCGCCGACAACGACCCCCUCCAGUCGAACAACGACAACCUCCCAGCCGUCGUCCACCAGUUCAAGCAGCAGCAUAUCCACAUCCACCACGCACACAUCAAAACCCACAUCAACUGCGGCACACUCCUCUACCACCAUCGCCGCCUCCCCAACGGCAACCGAUCAACCUUCACCUCCCAAGGCCACCGACACCUCCACAACUUCGGCAACUCCGCAGCAAGGAGGCCUCACGCACCCGGCCCAAAUCGCAAUCGGCAUCAUCGUCCCCAUCGCCGUUGUCUUCCUGGUCGGAGCUCUCUGGUUUCUGAUAUUCCGCCGGCCUGGCCGGGGCCGCGGACACCGCAGGGGGGGCACGGGAGACACGAGCUUUGGCUUCGGGACGGGCUCGCGUGGGCCCACACCUCCGCCGGCAUAUUCCAAGGCCGGGCUGGACGCGACCUCGGAACCACCGUUGUCGAUGCAUGAGCAGUACAUGAUGGAGGCCAACGCCGAGAGGGGGAGGGAGGGGCCGGCAGUUGGGGAGGGGUUCGAGAUGGCGGAUCUGAGAACGGAAGGGCAUCCGACCGCGGGGCAGACGGGGGUUCAUACGGAUACACAACCCGGGGCGGGCCCCGGUGAUGUGUCACCCCUUUCCGAUGACUCUGGAUCGAGGGGGCGAGCGUCGCCUCACCCGGGCAUCGCGGUUGCUGUUUAGGUUUUGUGCAGUUGUGAGUCGC